AUGGAAAGUAUAGACAGUCUAAUAUCUGACCUCAUUAACGCGUUCGAUGAAUACGAAGAUGAUCCUAUAUCCUUAGCAGCUAGUAUCGAAAUGCAUUCCGACCAACUCAAUUCUGAUGGUAAAACGAGUGACAAAGAAAAAUUCCUUGAAGCUUUGUUAAAAGAGAUAAAGAGCCAUCCACAAAUUGCUGCUAAGAUCAGUUGGGACCUCCCAAAAGAAAUCUUCAAAUUUUUCACCGUAACAGACAUUGAUAUCAAUCAGAGAUUAGGGUAUAGUGUGAUAAUUUCAUUAGUGAUGAAAUGCUUCAAUGAGAUAUCGUUAUCUGGUAACCCGAAGGACUGUCUCCUAACUGGCUGUGAAAUCCUUUCUGGGCUCUCUCUCGAGAACGAAAACUUAUCCUUAGGCAUGACACAGGACUCCAACAAAAAAACCUCUACAGGGCCACAGUAUGCACAAGUUGAUACCAAAAAAUACUAUAUGGAAAGGACACCAGCUGAUUUUUUUGUUACCAUUAAGAUGCACAUUUUAUUCGAACUGAUUGGAACAACUUUAAAACGUAUCAAUACGAUAUAUCCUUCUAAAUAUCUCAGACUGGCCACGUCCUCGAUGUUACAAUUUGUGAGAGUUAACUCAGAAGGAUUAUAUGAUAUAAGAAUAGUAAUGCGUCGUCUUUAUGGCUUCUGCAGAGGCUACAUCUCUCCGGAGCAUGACGUAAUAAACACAGAUGAGAACAUAGAACAGAGAGGUAAGAUUGCACAGGAAGAAUUGGAAGAGAUAACAAGGAAUGAAGAAGUUCUGCAAGCUAAAAUCCUGCGUAAUUUCUGCACAGCAGGAUUGCAAACUUGCUUGAAAGCUACCAACGAUAAAUCAGACGCCUAUUAUUAUCAUAAGCUUCUUCAAACCGAAUGUCAACUGUCGGCCUUCUAUAAAGAUCUUGUGGAAAUAAAUUCCAGGUUCUAUAAUUUAGCGCUUUCGUUUGAUAUCGAUACUAAAGAGGAGUUCUUGCACGUUCUAGAAGAAUCUUCUUCAAUAUACAAAGGCGUACCUAAAGUAGUAGGAAAAGGCCAAAAUGGUGAUAUUAUAAAGCAAGUGGUUCAUAAACUUUCUUAUUCGUACGAGUUACAAAAGAUUACCAAAGAAAAAGGUUUGUACGUUGAUCCAUUUGGUAUCGUAUUACUUUCUGCGUUUCAUUACAUGGAGACAGGUAAUCAUCUAUACCCUGAAAUACACGUUCAAGAUGCUAUCUACCUGUAUUUAAGAUGUGUAACUCCGUCUUUCUAUUCAGAUUUUUACACGAAUCUGUCAGUAGAAGGCGUAGCCCGGUAUUGGUUAUGGGUAUCUAUCACACGUUCACCAUCUAUUACUUUGAAAGAAGAAAUUAGUGAAUUACCAGAAGCUCUUCUUUCUGUUUUUCUCGAAACACUCCUAUUAAAAAACUGUACACAGAAUAGUGAGGAAACAAGAAUGAUAACAUUUACUCUAUUAACCCGUUUGUCAUGUUUGGUCCCAGAAGAAAUUGCUUUUGAGUUUCUUUCUGAAAGUUUAGCAUCAUGUCCUUAUCCUCAUGGGAAAUCAUGUGCACUUGGUAUUUUGAAAGAUUUGAUGUCGAAGAACCAAAUUCACGCUGAUAAAGCUGACGACAGUCUUUCACAAGUUACAGAACAAGUAAUGAACUUAAGUAUAUCUGUAAGUGGUAAUAGAACACCAAAAAAUAAAACUAUCACGGAUGAACGACCAUAUAUACGAAUAACGGAUGAAAGAAUGACUAUUGUCCAUCGCAUGGCCAUGGCAGACGUUGAGAAGGUAAAUGAUUCGAAGGUAAGACGAAGUGACCUAAUUUUGAUUAUAAACUAUUUGGAGUAUUUUAUAGGUUUAUGCCACAAAUGGGAUAAAAAAUUACUAUUGAAUUUUUCCCACGAGGUUGGGGUUAAUUUAAGCGGCUAUUCGCAUGAUUCCGACCUCCAGAAGAAGUUGCUAUCUCUAAAUAAACACCUUGAUGAGUUGAUUUCUGAAAAGUGA